AGCCUCCAGCUCUUCCUCCGAAACCGAAACAAGCCGCGCCCGGUGAGAUAAGAGAUUAUGAGAUAGGAGGUUAUGAGAAGAUGGGACCAGGGGGAGCAGCUUCUGCUCCUAUCAUACCUGUAAAGGCUAAGAAAUCAAUGACCGAGGAAGAGAGGGAAAUGAUUAGGAUUUACGAGAGGGAGAGGCACAAGAGGUAUGCUACAGGAACCCUUGUCGUAGCAACUGCCAAUUUCUGUGCAGAGAAAGUUCAAGAUAUGAGUUUUAGAGUUCACGAAGAAAUGACUCUCAUGAAGCCAAUGGCCGACUUGUGCUGGUAUUAUGCUCAGAAGGUUGAGAACCCGUCGGUAAAAGGAGUGAUACCGAUAACUCACGUACGACUGGUUUAUAUGUCUGAUGAUGAAGACGAAGAUCAAAUUUACAAUAAACCAAAAGCUGCCGGACAUGAUAAACUUUAUGAUGAUAGAAAUGAUUUUAUCAGUAAUUCUGGCUGGUUCCAGUUCCCUGGACUACCAUUGGGGAAGGAAGCACAGCUAAAUGUCCUUGCUAAAAAGGCUGGGCUUAGCUACGACUCAUUUAUAAGCACAAAAAGAGCAGUUUAUGUGCUAUCAUACAGACAGGAAAAG